UGUAAACUAAUGUAAACAGAAGAAUGAGAUACGCGAGAAUUAGGUGUUUUGGUAUGUGGCUAGCUAGGUGGCUAGCACAGUUCAGAAGGAUUGAAAAUAAACAUUAAAACUAGCGAAAACAUAAAUACGCCCUUUCUAUAGGAAAUAAAGACUUUUUGUCGAGAAUUCCGAGGGAUAUCGACACAAAAAGGUGCUGACAUCACUUGAUUGAAGAGGAACCGUGAGAAAACCAUAGGAUAAUACGUAGCUUGCAUGCUAACGUUAACAAGGCGUUUUAGUUGGUUAACUUAGCCAACAAGGUAGCUCGCAGGCUAAGUGCUACACGGCAAUUCCCUUCCUGUGGCCCAGUGCCCCCACGCACUGUUGGGAUGAAGUGUUGGGUUUCCUGGGAUGUGUGUGCUCGCCUUCGCCUGGUGGUGCUGAUGGUGUCUCUGUGCCUCUCUCUGUCGCCCUCUCCUGGAGACGCAUACAUCUACGCACAUUACAGCAACAGGACUUCCAUGGUGUUUGAAGACCUGCCUGCCCUCUUUGGAAACCAGCUGCCAAAAGAUGGUUUGCUGGGGGUGUUGGUGGAGUCUCGACCCCUCAACGCCUGUCUCCCCAUUGAACCUCCACCCACACCACUUACUCCUAUCGCUGCGAACCUCACCAAGUUCAUCGUUCUUAUCCAGCGCUUAGACUGCAAUUUUGACAUCAAGGUGCUGCACGCCCAGCAGGCAGGGUACAGUGCAGCCAUCGUUCACAACAUGCACUCCGACAUCCUCCUCAGCAUGGGCUUCAGUGAUGAGAGCAUUGUGCAGCAGAUCGAGAUCCCGUCAGUCUUCACCAGCUACACUGCCUCCCAGCUGCUGAAGAGUUACGUCAUUCCUGAGAGAGGGGCCUACGUGAUCCUCAGGCCAGAGUUCUCCUUCCCUCUGUCCUACUAUCUCAUUCCCUUCACUGGAGUGGUGGGCAUCAUCAUCCUGGUCAUGAUCACCGUCCUGAUUGUUCGCUGUGUGCAGUACAGGAAGCGGAUGCGGAGGAACAGACUGAGUAAAGAACAGCUAAAGAAGAUUCCGGUUCACAAAUUUAAGAAAGGUGAUGAAUAUGAUGUAUGCGCCAUCUGCCUUGAUGAGUAUGAAGAUGGUGACAAACUGAGGAUUCUGCCCUGUUCACAUGCCUACCACUGUAAGUGUGUGGAUCCCUGGCUGACCCAAACCAAGAAGACGUGUCCCGUGUGCAAGCAGCGGGUCACCCGACCCAGCCCGGAGUACUCCGAGUCCGAGUCUGACGGGGAGGCCGGCGGGGCGGGCAGCGAUGACGAAGGCGGGGCGGAGGGCCAAUCGGAGCGCACCCCGCUGCUCCGCCCCUCCAACCCUGGCUCGCCCUCCUCAGGCAGCCCCGGGGCCUACGCCGCCACGGUAACGGCGGCCCAGUGCUUCGGCCCCGUGGCCUGCUCCGACUCACCCAUCCUGGGCCACGAGGGGUACUACUCCCCCGAGGAGGACUCGGCCAGCUCCGAAGGGGACGGCGAUGAUGACGCCGAUGACGGCAGUCUCUCAGACGGAGACACCGCCCGGCUCCUACGGAACGGCGUGAUCGGGGUGUGAGGUGCCAGGCUCUCAGAUCUCCCCCGAGUCCGCUUUCUUCUGCUCACCAUCAUUUCUCCCCUUUUUUUUUUUUUUUUUUGCCAGACCUCCCUCCCUUCUGCUCUUCUUCAUCUGCCGUCCUCUCUGAAGUGUCAUCCCUCUCUGCCCUGUAACCCAGCAGCAGCCAGAGCUCGCUCUGCCUGACCUGUGUCUGUCCCUGCGUCUAACUCCAUCUGACGGCAAACUCAACACGAAAUCUCCAGUUAUGGGCACAAUAAGUUUGCCCAUUGCCCAAUAGGCUUGAUCUGCCUCAAUGCAGCUGGUAGAAGAUAGCUAUCGUAUCAGGAGAAACUGACUAAAUUCAAGCUACUAGCUAAUUCAAGAUUCAUUUUUGAUGCCAUGAGAAAAUGAAUUGACAAACAGUUGUAGUUGGGAUUUUUAAGUUUGUAGAAUCAUUUGUCUGGGUUUGCAAAUAUUCCAAAAAUGAGUUAUUGGUGAAAUGUGAGUAGUACUGCUUUCUCCUUUAUAUCUACUCGGAUAGGUGGACUGACUGUUGUGAUAUGGCAUGGCAUGCUCUAUGUUUGUAUAUGAGCUCAGAAGAGGGCUGCAGCUGUGGUUCCGUAGUCAGGCAUUGAUCUCAUGAUAUCUUUAGCAGAUGCCUUUUUUUUACCAGAAAUUGUCACCUGUUAGGUAGCCUGGGUUAACCAAUCUGGGAUCUAGUCUUUUGUGGCCAGAGCAUUAAAAACACCAGAAAAAACAGCCCCUAUUGUGAAGAAAUGUGCACUUUUUUUUAUUUUCCCAAAUAUUUUGUUUUCCUGCUGUGAUUUUCCAGUUCAUUUUGUACAAUUCCCUCUCCCCUUUCGUGCAUUUGGUUUAUGAUGGAUCUUAGGCCGUCCUCCUUAGCACACAGAUGGGUCCUGUGGUCACUGUCAGGCACUUUAAUGUAAAACUGAGAAAUGUUUAUUCUGGUUGCUCUGAGCGUUGUCUUCAAGUGGCCUUUGUAGACCUUCCAACUAGGGGUGUGGGGAUGAGGUGGCCUACUGGUGGCCAGCCUACUUUUGUAGUCAUGGUUACAAGAUUCUUCUGCUUUCUGCCUAAAACAAGCUGCAACUUCCUAGCAGUAUUCACACCACUGUGGCUGCUUUUCAUUUCACGAUCACUUCCUUCAUGUGUAACCUGCUUAAAUGGUUCUCUUUGCUGUUUUGUCUUUAUUUUGUUGCUUAUUUAGUGAUGUUGCAUUUCUGUUCUGUGUUCUAACUGUGUACCAUUUCAGUCUCCUCACUAAAACAUAUUUAUUCUUUAUAGUUUUUGGGCAGGAGUAUAUCUGGUUUUGGAAGUAGAAUUGAUCUACUUAAAAGUAAUUGAUUACUUAUCUUAUCCCCUUCCUCUACUGUACUGUAAAUGCAAUAAGAACUGUUUAAAAAACAAAAACAAAUUAAGUUUAAUACAAUAGUGCAAGGUGUUGCAUUUUUUGUUGCAUUUUUGUAUGUAAAUUGAAUGUAAAGUAAUCUUUGUAGGGGAUCUUGUUUUUGGAUGUAUUCUGUUGCAGUAGGACAUUGUAAAUCUGUCUUUCAAAAAUGGAAGGUUUAAUAUGGGCAAAUAUUACCAUGAACAAAAUAAAGUAGUGAAACACGCUCAGGAACAUUACACUUCGAUGAAAAACUGUGAUGAUGAUGGGAAUGCAGAUCACCAGACUGCCAGAGUAUAUUAUUGAAUAUCGGUGUAAAGGGUUCUUCCCCAUAACAAAGUAUAAAACCGCAAAUAUCUGUGUUCAGGUUUAGAGAUGCUUGACUUGGCUUCUGUUGCGUUUCACGCACCCAUACAUCCAUGCACAUGCACACUUCACCCCACCAAAAGCAGCCACGGACAUUUCAUAUUUGAACAUGCUGGUUGUCUUCUUCGGCAUAGUACUUGCAGUCAAGGGUGAACCCAUACACGGCCUGCAUGGUGCUCUGGAAACGUGUGAAAAGUUCCUGACUUUGCAUGAAACUGAAUUAACUGGUAAAGUACCUACCCUUUAUGACUCAAUAAUGUCUCAUGUAGUAUUCACCAAAAUGCAGUGCAAAAUGGAACAUUUUGAGUUCAUCAGAGCAUUGUGUACCUGAAACCGAUGUAAUGUGUACCUGAUACGUGAGCGUGUAUAAGUAUCAAAAACCAACGGCUCUUCAAAGCUGCCAUUUGCUUUUUUUAAACACUCCGUGAGGGCAGCGCAGGUUUCACUUGUUCACUUGUCUGUACAGUUUGCUGACCUUCCACGAUGCUAUGAAAUUCAUUCCAGAGAACUGAAAUUUGUGUGAAAUAAUUUAGUUUUUUGUAAUGUAUGUUCAAACCAGAAAUGACACCACACCUUUAAACAGUUUAUUGGCUAUCAAAGGCAUUCAGUGGGCUUCCAAUUAAAGCACAGAGCUGUUUCAGCUUGACUUCAAUGAAUCUUAGGUGGUGGCUUUGAUAUUCUCAUUUAUCAACUUUGAAUUAACACAGCUUAGAUGUGAUUAGAUGUGUGAUUCAGCAUUGUUUAUAUCAUUACCUAUCCAAAUCAGUUUUUUUUAGCGUGAUCGUAUUUUCCAUCUUUGGAUUUAUAAUGCAAAAUGAUUUCUAGUUGUGACAUUAGUAACAAAUAGAAAUAACAAUAAUUAUGGUUCUUGUUUUCUAAAUGGGGACCAAAUUCUAACUGUACUGAUACUAAUGAAUUUUUUUUUGUUUUUGUACUUGUAUCAAUGUGCUUUGUGUGUCUUUAUGACUCCUAACCUCCUGGCCCUUCCAGCUUCAACCCGCAUAGAUUUUUAUAUUUUGUAUGUAUCUUCUUUUAGUCUGUGCCAUAAAGAGAAUAUGACUGAUUUA